AUGGGUCGUCUUACUCCUGAAGUAAUUGAAGCAGCUGCGCAGUAUCUUAAUCCUGUAGGUCAAUAUGAAUUAAGUUUACGAGAUUUAAAGAUUCCAGUUAUUGAAAAUUUAGGUGCUACUUUAAAUCAAUUUGAUACAAUCGAUUUUACAAAUAAUGAUCUACGUAAACUUGAUGGUUUUCCAUUUUUACCAAAAUUAAAAACACUCUAUCUUGCUAAUAAUCGUAUAGCACGUAUUGCUGACAAUCUACAAGAAUAUAUACCAAAUUUAGAUACAUUAAUGCUUAAUAAUAAUACAUUGCAAGAAUUAUCUGAUAUUGAUCAAUUAUCAACAAUACCAAAAUUGGCUCAUGUUAGUUUUGCUCGAAAUCCGAUUGCUAUGCUUAAAGAUUAUCGUCUAUAUGUUAUUCAUCUGUUACCUAACUUACGAACACUUGAUUAUAAUCGAAUAACUCAAAAAGAACGUGAAGCUGCUAGUAAACUUUAUAAAACGAAAUCAGGUGAUAAAGCAAAUAAGAAAAAGAAAGGAACUAAUACAUUUGUACCUGGUGGAGACUUAAUUAAACAGCAACAACAACAACAACAAGCACCUCGAAUGACGAAAAAAGAUGCCGAUACUAUUAAGAAAGCUAUUUUGGAAGCUAAAUCAUUCGAAGAAGUUGAAAGAUUAAAUGCAUUAUUACAAGCUGGUCAAAUGCCUAAUUCUAAUGAACAACAUCAAAAUGGUCAUAAACCAAACAAUACACCUAUGGAACAAGAACAACAUCCAGGAAAUAAUAUGAUGGAAAUAUGA